AGGACCAACCCAAGGAAAAUGCGGAGAGAGUAUCAGGAUGAUAUAUACACAUAUAUGCAUAUAUAAGUAGAAAAUCCUUUGGCACUUUCCACGAACACCGUUUGGCACAUGCCCAAAGUCUGCACCUAACAUCAUCAAAGCUCAUUUCUGUGCAGACUAGUGUUUGUUGGGUGUCACGGCCCGUGUCUGUUCAUCUUUUCGAAAUGAUGGAAGCGAGGCAGUUUCACGUGGUCGUCUUUGGAAUGCUUUUAUUUGUUUCUCGACAAGAUGUACAAGUAUUAGCACAAGUGGGAACAGUUCCAGACUCCUUACUUCAGUAUCUGUACAGCCUGACCAGUGGUCCCUCCAACUCCGGCUCUGUCUCUAAUCCAGUCUCAGCUUCCUUGAAUCCUCCUAUUGCACCUCCCUCAGCCCUUGACCUGCCACUCAACAUCUCCGCGCAGCAGCUGCCAGACCCUUUUGUGGAAGUCGCUAACAUUUCCACAAACAACAGUCAGCCCCAGUCGCCAAUGAAUUUCCUACAAAAUGUCAUGGGCUUGCUGAAUCCUGUCACCACGCAGGGCAGCACCCUGUCGCAGCAGCAGAACGCCACGACCGUGGUCCCUGCUCCUGUCUCUGCCGCUGGUCCAGACCUCGGAGGUUUCGGGCAGUUUUUCCUGAACACCACAGCUGCCCGUUCUUCCGACGACGAAUGGCGUGAUUGUAGAUGCCCCCACACUCGAUCCUAACCAAAACAACAACUUGUGGAGCGUGGCAGGAGUUUCAGGAGGCUCUCCUAGCAAUGUCGGAGCGGCAGGGUCGGAUCCAUACGCAGGAGGGACUCCGGCGCCGGCAGCACCCUCUGUGCAGAUGCCCAUGCCAGUGGUGAACCGAGGCCCCAUGGGACUAAACCUUGAUGCUGUCAACGCCAUUGGAAUGAAGCCUCCUGCUCCAAGCUCCUGGGGGCAACAACCCCUACCAUCACUCCUACCACAACCGCCAGCACAACAGCCGCAGCCUCACCAUCAGGAGGCGCCUGUCAGCAACGCCAUCAUCCCGCCAGAGAUCCAAAUGGCAGCUUCGAACCUCGGCCGCCGCAUGGGCAUUACUCAGCACUACGAGUCUCAUGGCUGCGUGGACCCAACGGCCGCCGCACCCCCGGGAGCCCAGGUACCGGGGCUCAUGUUCAGCUGCCACCACCCUCAGUCCGAGCACACAUGCGAGGCUGCUGGCGUCCUGGCUGGCGGAAGCGUGUCCAACAUGGCCAGCAUCAUGUCAGCCAUGUCACCCGGCUUCCAACAGACAUUGGAGGAGUGUCUGUCGCAUCAAACCCUCAACAAGGUGAUCUCAGAGAUGAGCAGCAAUAGGAACGGUGGGAGAGGGAUGAACCCACUGCUGCUGGCGUCCCUCAUGGGGAGUGGCGGGGGAGAAAACAUGAUGAUGACAAUGGCCAUGAUGAAUGCCAUGCAGAGAAAGACGCCAGCGGCAGCACCGAUGCCAGCAGGACAGCAACAGGCUCCGAGAGGCUUGCUUGAGACCUACGGCAAUCCCGGACAGGCGACCGGAAGCGUGGGCCACUCCAGCGUGACACAGCGGUGCAUGAUGGUCUUGACGCAAGUGUUGGGAGCAGACGGCGGCCUCUUGUCCCCAGAGGCGGUAGAGCUGAUCGCCGACAAGAGGAAACAGAUGCUGCCCUAUUCUUGUCAAGACAUUACUGCCGGGUUCAUGCCAUUCCGAAUGUGCUGCCCAGGCAAAGUUCCAAAGCCGACCCCUAUGGAGAUAAUGAUGGCUGGAAGCCUAGGCGCCUAGUCACCUGCAACCAAGAGACAGUGAUUAAAAGGACAGACAACUAAGACGCACGAAAGGGGGUGAUUAGUGGGAAAUUCUGGUAUAAAAAUAAAACUGUUACCUUAGGAACUCACCCCCUCCCACCCUACCUUACAUGCUAGUCAGACGAAAUACACUCUGCUUCCCAAAACUUUUUCAGGCUCCCAUCUUUGUCCUCAACGAACCAGACCAUCGGCGUUGUGGUGGCCGGGCAGGUGUGGAAAGAGUUGAUGACGACAGAAUGAUGUGUGCGAAUGUGGAUGAUGGAUGGACAGUUGUCACUAAACAUAGAGGCAAGAGUGAGUGGAGAAUCCCUCCCUUCCCCCUCCUUUUUUUUUCAAAGUUGCUGCACGCACGUGAAAGAAUCUGACGUGCGUACGUCAGUCCAUGACGUUUCGACCUCACGCUUUCCGUUGCCGCAGAAACGCCCUAGUGAAGGGUCACGCCGGUUCACCCCUCGUCACAAGGCAGACGCUGAACGCGACCCAGAGCGACUGCGGCGAACGGAUGGCUCCCCUUUGUACCAGCGAUGGGGAAGGGGAGGUAAAUACGUCACGCAUUAGUUCAGGUUCUUUGCGACAUUAGCUAAGCGGAAGCUAAAAAUAAAGCUUAUUGUUGCUGCUGGCGAUGACGAUGCUGAUGUAGCUGUUGUUAUAAGAGAAAUUGAGUUUACAUUUCCUUUCCAGCUUAUUCUUCCCUUUGUAUUUCACAUUCUUUCCUAAUAAUGGAGCUAAACAGAAAGCUUCUACAGUUUAUUGAGCUGGAGAACCGGUCGCUCAAUUUAGGCUUCAACAGGUCUGUGAUCUGUUAACAUAAUUCAUGAUAUCUUGAAUUAUCCGUUUAUCUUGUUCUUCUUUGCUUAUGAUACUAACAAAAGUCAAGCUUGUCAAUGGGGAAAGAGCCACUGAAACAAGCUUUCAAGUUAGUCGCAGUGAGAAUGAGACAAAAGACUAUUUCUUACCCCUGGAGGGAAAGGUACAUUUCAGUAUUCUAAGGAAGUCAAAGAUGGUUAAAUGUUGAGUGUAUGACCCAGAGAAAUGAUGUACUCCCCCACCCCUGCCUCUCCCUAUUUCUUUGUUACAUGGGAAAAUCUGGAAGAUAACUAAAUUUAAUAAAAUAUCUAAUCUACAAUAAAACUGAUGAGAGCUGUAUCUAAAGAAAAAAAGAGACUUCCCAUGGUUAAAUGUUAUGUUUGACUGCUCAGAGAGAGAGAGAAUGAGCUGCAGAUGAUAGAGGAACAGAAAUGAAGACAGCUAGUAUAUUUGAAAGAAAUAAAUCCAUCAGAGGAUUUACCACAACAAUCACCAACAAAUGUUUGCCUUAAAUGAACACAUGAUGAUUUAAUGAAAAACUUCACUGUCUUAUCUCCCUCUGUUAAUCCAAAACUCACCAUAAAUAUUUAUUUAUCAUUGUACACAGAAUGCACAUGCCUGAAUUUAAAUUUAUUAAAAAAUGAACAAUAAAAAUAUAAGAAGUG